AUGUUGUCAGCAGUAGAGCCCGAUGAUAUCAAUCCGAAGAUUGCCGAGAUACAGUCGCGAGUGGAGGAGCUAGUGCGUCGUUAUGACGAUGCGAUGGCCGCUGCGGAUCACGAGGAACUCGAAGAUGAAGAUAAUGGGUUUGGCGAUAAAGUGAUGCGGACUCCGGCUCGGUGGCGAGUUGGAGACGUUCUACUGUCAACACAUCGCUCGUUGGCUCGCACCAGUACGCACACAGAGCGUUCUAUUGUCGCAGACUUUGCCGAUGACCCAGAAGUGAACUCUGCCAUGGGCAGUGGGGCGCAGAAAGUGGGGAGCGCGUUUUCAGAGGCAGAAGAGCGGGCUUCACGACGACACCAGCGUCUUUCGCAUAUCCAUCAAGCCCUACAAUCGGUAGCAGCGAACGGCAUGGCCUCAGACGACAGUGACGAAGAGGACAGUAAACCUCCUCCAUAUGCCGUUCGAGAGCACCAAUUGAAGAGCACCAUCGAUGCACUACAUCGUGAAAAAGAUUCCUUGGCUACUCAACUGCAAGAAGCGCUGCGUAUCCAACAGGAAUCACGUAUGGAAGCAGAACAACAAGCCCAGGAUCUUGCAAAAGCCCAGAGAGCACUACGCACGCGGUCGGAAGAGCUUCGUCUCGCCCAGGAGCAAAACGAGAGCGCAACAGAAUCAGCUAAUGCGCAAAUCGCGUCGUGGCGUGACAAGUUCCAGGCAAGUGCCAAGGCGGCAGCAGUUGCAGAGGCCAAAGUGCAGGAGCUUGAAGCUAAAGUUCGUGCGCAGAGUGAGGAAAUCAUGAAACAUACGUUCGUGUUGCAAGCGAAAACGCAGGAAAUGGAGCGCUUCAAGGAGAGUGAAGCUGCUCGCAGUCGAGCGGAAGCAGCGGCACAAGCUGCUGCGCUUGCUGAAGCGGAGGCAGAGGCCAGAAGAGCGAAAGCCAAGGCGUUUAAGGAAAAGAGAAAGACCAAAGUGAGCGUUGAUGGUAGUCACAAGGAUCAUCAGGAGAUGGAAGACAAAAAUCGGGAACUCGAGGGGACGUUGCUUGCCAUGGAAAAUGCCAAACUGCAACUGGAAACGGAAAACGAAGAACUUUUACGACGUUUGCGCGAUCUGCAAGUUCGAUUCGGGGAGCAACGCAAGUCCAAGUUUUUGUUAAAAGAAAAUGACAAUAACGAAUCGGAGGCAACUGCCACCAAAGCAACAACUUUUGCGCUCAGGUUACGUGAAAGCACGCCAAGUGAAAAUGUUUCCAAGCGGCAAAAAGGUGGAACUGUGGUCAAGUUGAAGUCGAAGCCUGUUCCUGCUGCAGAGGCGGUUGCAGUAAUCGAUGACGAAAACGAUGUGUCCAGCAGUGAAAGUGAAGCUGAAGACAUUGAGAACGGGGAGGAGGACGAAGAAGUAGAACAGGACGAGCGCGAGCUCAAUGACGCAAUGCAGCGUGUGGUGGCCGAGGUGUUCCCCUUGCUUGCACUGACGAGAGCGAUACGACGCUGGACGUGGACGAGAGUAUAG